AUGUCCUAUCCCAUUGCUUACCCAGUGAAUGUGGAUGUCUUCGUAGUAGGUGGUGGGCCGACCUCUCUGGUCACUACUUUCCUGCUGCUGAAAAGUGGGAUACGUGUACUCGCUGUAGAACAGAACGACUAUGCACAACAGGCAAUGUACGGCCGCGCGGGCAUACUCCACUCAAGGACUCUCGAGCUUCUAGACAUGAUUGGGAUUUAUGAGCGCAUAGCAGAUAUCGGAUUCGCCAUCAGAGAAGGCGCGACAUAUAAAGACGGCCGAGAGGUUGGGGCGCGGGGGUGGAACUUUAUGUUCGACGCCGUGAAGGGAAGGACGUUCUUCGACUUCAGUUUGAGCAUCAGGCAAAGACACGUAGAAGGCGCUCUCAGAGACGCUGUACAAGAUUUGGACAAAACUGCCAUCCGCGCGCCCGUCGUGUUUGUUGACUACGCUGUCGAUACAAGCAAACCUAUCCCGUAUGCGUUACAUCCGCGAUACUCUCGGGCAGUCAAAAGUGCGCUGGUGAGUUGGCACUCAUUGACAUUUCGCCCCGGCCUAACAUCGCUCAGCAAAUACCUCGUAGGAGCAGACGGAGGACACUCGUCAGUUCGCCGUCUGGCAGGCAUUGGAUUUCCUGGUACGAAUUCUGGACAGCGCUGGGUUCGUAUGGAUGCCGUGGUCGAGACCGACAUGCCGUACCCUCGCCGAGGUGUCUCAUUCGAAUCCAAGGAGUACGGCAACGUCCUGUGGAAUCCGUCCGACAACGGUCAGAUGCUGAUGGAGGAGGCGAAGAGAGCUGUUCAACCUUUCACACUCGAGUUCGUUGAACUUGAUUGGUGGACGAUAUACUCUAUUGGCCAACGCGUUGCCGAGCGGUAUAGGACUGGACCUAUCUUACUGGCUGGGGAUGCCGCCCACACCCACUCAUCUGGUGCAGGCCAGGGAAUGAACACCGGCAUACAUGACGCGACCAACCUGGCCUGGAAACUGAUCGGCGUGCUCAAGGGACAAUUCACGAUAUGUCCUGGAUACGUACGAAAAGAACGUCGCGCCUCGCACAGCACCUCAUCGACUCGACAGAGAGAUGGCCACACUCAUUUCUGGGCCAUUGCGAGCCACUACAACGCCCCGCCUGACGCAGACCCAACGUCGAACGCGGCAUUUACAGUCGGGCUGGGCAUCUCCUACGCCGAGAACUUACUGAACCAACGACGCCUUUCGGUUGGCCAUCGUGCACCGGAUGCAGCUGUCGCUCGACGAACUUCUCCCUAUAUCGGGCGAUUCUGGAUCUCGUCUUUGCAGGGGAUUACGGCAGACUCCACUCGGCCGAGGUUGCAAACAGGGUGCGCGGCGACAGUGGAUUCUCCACUCUCAUUCGUCAAUGCACUCGCUCCGGUCUUCGAGUUCUUGACCAUCCGAGACUCUGGAGAACAGCCGCUUGGGAAGACCGUUUCUGACGAGGAUGGGAAAUGUUAUGAGGUUUACAACUUGCAGCCAAGGUCAGGGGGCAUAGUUGUGGUUCGUCCUGAUGGAAUAGUAGGCCUGGAAGCUACCCUGGAUGGCUAUGGAGUCCUGGAUAGUUACUUCGCACAGGUAGUGCGCGCUGCAGGGCCACCACACCGGCAUCCCCUAUACACUUCUGGUAGCUCAGGAUGGACACUCGGCGAAGUCUCUAUUGACGGUGGGCACGGUGAAGAGGGACUGAGAAGAUGGAUCGGUGCGAAAUUAUAGAGCGUGCGCGAUUCCCGGCGACUUACUCGACGUUCGCACGGUGCUUGCUUGCUCAAUUACAGGCUGACAACUUCUGGUCAAUACAACGCUAUAGCAACA